UCUCCUCCCUCGGACCAACAGCACCAUGAAGUUCACCGCUGCAUCAGUUCUUGUGGGGCUCACCACCUCCCAGGCUUUCAUGGUGCAGCCCACCAUGAAGACCGCCGGACCGGACGGCGGCAGCAGCCGCGCUGACUUCGCCAAGCUGGUGACCGGAACGGUGGCAGCCACUGCCGCGGUAGCAGCACCCGCGCUAGCCAAGGCCGGAACCGGAGCGAAGCAGAACUGGUUCGGCGUGAUCGGCGCGGACCAGGAGCUCGGGGGCGGCAUGUCGAACUACUUCGCUGAGUCGGACACGUACUCCCCGUACUCGCCCUACUCCAAGGGCGACGAAGCCCUCUACAAGACGAGCGACCAGGCCUUCAUGACCAAGGUCAAGAUCGACAUUCUCAAGGACUCCCAGAAGAGGCUGCAGACUGUGCCCGGAUUUAUCGAGGGCAAGAAGUGGGAAGAAAUCCGCUCUCUCCUCACCGCCAAGGUGGGUUGUUGA